UGAUUACGAACUGCAUAAUUGGAUACAAGAAUUAAAGACGCCCCCAGAGGGUCCUGGAUUAAAUGGUCUACCAAAUAAGAUGGUUACAGCCGAGGACAUUUGCAGCGUCGUGACACCAUUGAUUUUCCAAGCCAGUGUGCAGCAUGCAGCAGUAAAUUUCGCACAGUAUGAUGAAUCCGCUUUCCCACCAAACUAUCCUGCAAUUUUGCACGGCGGUCCUCCAACUGAUAAGAAACCCAAAUCAGAAGAAGAUAUUAUAAACGCACUCCCCACAAAAUCCCAAACACUGGACAUAAUGAUCAUUACAAAGAUAUUAAGUAGUAGAGGAACCAAUGCAUUGGGUGAUUUCGAAGUGCAAUACUGUCAUGAUCCUAUCACACUAAGUGCUCUCAAAAGUUUUCGUGAAGAAUUGGCAGAAAUUGAGAGAGUGAUCAAAAUGAAAGACAAAACCAGGGAUAACAAAUAUCCCUACCUAUCUCCAAGUGAGAUACCAAAUGCAAUUAGUAUUUAACAAUCACAGUGAUGAAAAACGAUAACAAUACUGUAAGCUUUGGAGACAAAACCGAAGAACUAUUGCAGAAUUGAGUAAAAUGUCGAUUCUUUAAAACAAAUCUCCGAGUUUGAUUCCAAAUGCAAUUAGCAUUUAACACUUGUUAUAAUAAUACACUGUAAACCAAUUGUACUUUUUGGAAAAUAACAAAAUAAUAGUAGAAUGUACAAAUUAAUGGGAAAGCGAGGAAAAUUAACAUACCUUGCCGGUAGGUAAGAGGUUGGUUGGAAUCCACAAUAGGUCCAAAUCCGGAGCUGUUAUUUGGUGGUUUGGAAUCCACGUAGGUGGCUAAGCAUUUUCUUCUUCGUCAAUAACAGCAUCUGGUAGAAUUGGUCCAAAUAUGCUGGUAGGUUGGUUGCAAUCCACAAUACAUGUAGGUCCCGAUCCGGAGCUGCUAUUUGAUAACAUAAAAACCACGUAGGAAUCUGGUGUCCCUGAGAUUUCAAAAUCACCAUACAUUUUUCUUGUUUUUCGUCAAUUACAGCAUCCGGG